AUGCAUAUACUUUACAAAACUUAUAAAAUCAAGAAAGAAGGCAGGGGAAACUUUUAUCCAUUUGUGUUCAAUGACAUCAUGGGACUGGAGGAAGGAAGUGGAGUCAGAACAGAAGACAUCGAAAUGACCUUGAAGGGUCAUGUGAAGAAUGGAUAUAAGUUCGAUCCUUCAUCCUCCAUUUCUGCUGCUGAUUCUGGCUACAACUCUUCCCCGUGUGACAGAGUUCAUGUUCUGGUCUGCAUUUUCAAUGUUAACACAAAUCAAGCCUCAGUUUUACAGAAAAUGAGGAAAAUCAGAGAAGCAGCCAGUGAUCUGAGUAUUCCUCAACUGGCUGUUCUCACUAAUAUUGAUUGUGGAUGUGGUGAAACUGAUAAAAGUCUGAGGAAUGUCUACCAAAGCAAAUACUUAAAGAAAAAGAUGAGAGACUUCAGCUCCAGUCUGGGGAUCCCAAUGAACUGCAUCCUUCCUGUGAAGAACUACAGUCAUGAAAUACUGUACAACAACUUCCAUCUUUUGUCAUCGAGUUCUUCUCUCAGUGCCAGACGGGCACUGAACGAUCCACUGGUGGUGGUUGGUCAACCUCAGCCUUUUUCUACCAGUGGCCCAUGCCCCGCUGUGUCCCCGCUCACCCAUAGCAAUCACUCUUCUCCCAGCAUCACUUCUCCCUAUGCCUCGAACCAUUCCCAGCUGUCCUUCAGCCAUCUGCCUCUCUCCUCUAAUGCCCCGCUGCACUUCCAGCCUGCUUCUUUUUCUAACCCGCUGCCCCUCAUCCCUUGUCCUGUUCCUUCCCCUGCUGGUCCCUUCCAUGUCAUCGUUACCUCCUAA